UCUGCAACUCAACUCUAAUCUCUUACCUGAAGAAGGCAAUGGAAACCGUGGCUUUGUUGCAACAAUGGUGGCAAGAGUUUGCCAAAAUCGUUCCAUUCAAUCCUAUGCUCGUUUCCUCUCUUCUCCUUUUAUCCUUGGUUUAUCUCUUUAGGCUAAGUAGAACUCACAAACUCAAAUUACCUCCAUCACCACCAAAGCUCCCAAUCAUUGGAAACCUUCACCAACUAGGUGCUCUCCCCUAUCGCUCCCUCAAGAAACUCUCUGAUAAAUAUGGCCCCCUUAUGCUUGUGCAUUUCGGCAGAGUUCCAACUCUUGUAGUUUCAACUGCAGAGAUUGCUCAUGAAAUCACUAAAAAUCAUGACGUUGCUUUCGCGGAUAGGCCAAAAACUAGCGCUGGAGACGUCCUGUUUUUCGGGUGCCAAAAUCUCGCUUUUUGCCCCUAUGGUGAAUAUUGGAGACAAGUGAAAAAGGUGUGCGUUCUUGAACUCUUGAGCCAGAAGCAGGUGAAUUAUUUUGAGUUUGUAAGAAGGGAGGAAACUGCUAAGCUAGUGGAGACGUUGCGCGAUGCAUGUGUUGAAGGAUCUCCGAUUGAUCUGAGUGAGAUGCUUGUUACAAUCUCCAACAACAUCGUAUCAAGAUCAGCUCUUGGUACAGUUUAUGAUAAUGAAAGUGAGCGUCAGAGUAGUUCAGGGGAUUUGGUUAGGGGAGCAAUAGACCUUGUGGGAAGUUUCAGCUUUAAAGAUUCUUUUCCCUAUUUGGGGUGGCUUGACACUUUAACAGGCUUCACCGGAAAGGUAAAAAAAGCUUCCAAAGAAUUGCAUGGUUUUCUUGAUCAAGUAAUUGAUGAGCAUCAAUCAUCAAAAAGCCAAGACAAAGCUGAAGAUAGGAAAGAUAUUGUGGACAUUCUUCUCCAGCUUGAAAAGAAUGGCAUGCUUACUGUAGACUUCACUCGUGAAAGCAUGAAAGCUGUCCUAAUGGACAUGUUUAUUGGAGGAACUGAUACUACUGCAACAACCAUGGAUUGGACAAUGGCAGAGCUGAUGAAAAACCCAAACAUAAUGAAGAAAGCACAAGAAGAGGUAAGAAGAGUGGCCGGAAACAAAUCGAAAGUAGAUGAAUCCGAUCUUGAUCAGUUGACCUACCUAAAAUGCAUUGUGAAAGAAACACUGAGGCACCAUGUUUCGGGAAUGAUUCCACGACAAACAACUACAAGCACCAAGCUAGAUGGGUAUGAUAUUCCACCAAAUACAAGAGUUUUAAUCAAUGCAUGGGGAAUUCAAAGGGAUCCAAGAUUAUGGGAAAAGCCUGAUGAUUUUAUCCCUGAGAGGUUUAUUGACAACCCAGCAGAUUUCAAGGGGCAACACAAAGAGUACAUUCCCUUCGGUUCUGGAAGAAGGCUUUGCCCUGGAAUAUCAUAUGCACUCAAAGAAGUUGAAUAUGUGUUGGCUAAUCUCCUCUUCUUGUUCGAUUGGAAGUUACCUGAUGGUCAAGGACACGAAGAUCUCGACAUGAGCGAAGUCUUUUAUCUUGUGAUUCGUAAGAAAGUACCUCUCAUGGUUGUGCCGACUGUGCAUUAACCAAUAACUAUUAAUCCACAGCGGACAUGAUUGUAAGGCUGGGAUUUAAUUUAGUUAUAUGCUCUAUGUUAUUUUCCUUUCUUAAUUAAUGUUUUGUGGUGCUAAGCUUCAGAUAAUGGAUUGGUCUAUCUUUAUAAUGCAUUGUGGAUUAAAAAAUAAUAUUUGAAGAGUUAAAUAAA